AAUUAAAAAUUAGUUUCAAAAUUUUACAGUCUAAACUUGUCAACCAUCCCUUGAAGCCAUCUUAAGUGAGACGUCUCGAACUUGAAAAAGAAGCUGCCUCCGGAGUUGAUGAAAGAAAUGGGAACGAUCAGGUCAUCUCAUGACUGGGUAGCUACUUCAAAGGACGAUGGAGUUCUGCGUCUCCAAGAUGACUUAAACUCGGUUGCGUCGGACAGAGAUCCAAGACGCAGCUUGCGACCUCAUGCCUCAUUGCCAAACCAAAAUUGUUACCAACGUAUUAAUGCCAUUAUCCUUAGGAUGGAUUCUGUUGUGGCGAUUCAAAACGCAGCUUGGUCAUCAUUUCUUUGGGUGGAGCUGGUUGUGGUUGUCAAGUUCUUGGGAUCUCAAUUUAGCAUUAUAGAUCCGCUCAAAGCAAAAAUUUCAAGUGGAUCAUCAUCGCAAACCCCUGCUCCUUCCCCUCCCGUGUCAUUAGUCCAAGAAAGAUGA